AUGUCGCAGGAGGAACUAAAUGAGGCUAAGAAGGCAGUUUUCGUCAGCUCCAUAUAUGAAGACAUAACUCCUGAGAACUCCCCACCCCGUCCGUCAACGGAAUAUGAUCCAAUUAGCGAAUACGAAGAUUGGCCGUCCAUUGGGUCCGACUUAGAAAAUGAGCUUUUAAACUCAUCCAACAACGCCGAAGUGAAUGCGUUUUUAGAGGACAUUUUAGAUGGCAGUGAGGAGGUGCACUCAAACCUCAAUGAACCUAGUAACUCUGAAAACAGUGUUAGCAUUGCGGAUUCGAUGCCAAUUGACCGUUCCUCAACAACAGUGACAGAAACCAUCAUUCUAAAAAUGACAAAGAAAACCAUCUAUCACAGUGACGGUAAUUCAGAAAUUGUUCGGGAUACCGAAAUCUCCCAUUCAGAAACUGUAAAUCCAGAUGAAGUGGAUCUGGUGAAAUUUGCAACUGACAUUUUAAAUGAAGUGCCAGAACACUUUCGCAAUCGUAAAGUGAGAAUUGUGGAAUUAAAUGAAUGA